AUGUCGGCAACCUCACCGAUAGCACCGGGCGGGUCCUCACAGCCGAUCUUCGCCUCGGUCUCCGGCUCAACAUCCAAAACGCAGCUCUACUCGCUCGCCUCGCGCGUGCCGCUCAUCAAGUCCCCCUCCAUCUCGCUUCCUAAACCCGUCAGGCUUCCACAAGACCUACAUCCGCUACCAGCAGAUAUCUCUGCCUACUUUGUCUACCCUUUCAGCCUCGAGUCCUACGUGUUGGAUCCCAACACGCCGUCUUCGUCCACCAUCGACCAGCUGCUUGCGAAACACCAGCAGUAUUUGGAGAAUCGGGAAAGGGAGAAGGAGAACAAGCACAAGGAGAUGCUCAUGAAGAUGGCCCCUGGAUGGUCGGGCGACGUGCUACUGCCGAAGGCGAGUGGAGGAGCGGCUAGGGAAAGUGCACCAGUUGCGACAGAGGCGAGAGACCAGGCAGCGAAGCCGCACCAGACGGAGGAGCAGGUGGAAAGGACGCCCUUGGACGAGCUCGCCGAUCAUCUGGCGCAGCUUGAUGCGCUCAACACCACGGGUGCGCCAUCAGGUGGGCAGUCCAGCCAGCUGCCAUAG